AUGUGGCUUCUAAUAACAUUCUUGACGACGUGCUUUGGAGCUCCUGCACUAGCCGGGUUCCGAACUACCGGAUAUGGCAAUCUGCCGACCGAUGGACAUUAUCCCAACCCGCCGCAGAUACAAUGGACCGGAGGAUACUUCGAGUGGCCGUGCAAGUCCACAAAAGCACUCUAUAAAAAUUCCGGAAAAUACAAUCCGAAGAGUAUAAUUGCGACUCGUGGACAAAUUUAUCGAGAUGAAGUUUUCCUGGCCCUACCCCGAUACAAAAGCGGUGUCCCUGCCACUUUGGCACGAACCUCUCUGAAACCUGGCACAUGCCACACGACCCUCGUUCCAUUCCCGUGCUGGCAAAUGCAGGAGGAGGGCAACUGCAGAGCUCUUCAGUCUGUUGUUGAUGUUGUCUUGGAUGUGAAUGAUAUUCUCUGGGUACUCGAUGUGGGCGUAGUAAACACCUUGGAGACUCCGAUUCGACGAUGUCCUCCGAAAAUUGUAGCGUUCAGUGUCAAAACUGGAAAAGUUCUAAGGACGAUAUCAUUGGAGGGAUUAGCUGUCAAGAGCUCUCGUCUCCAGUACUUAGUAGUUGAUUAUGAAACAAAAACUGGACAAGUUUUCGUGUACGUGAGCGAUGCUGCUAAUCGAGCAAUUAUCGUCUACAACGUGCAAGCCGGGAAAGGACGAAGAGUUAUCCUGCCCAAGGCCGUGACCACAGGAUGCAACAAUCGCGACGUUCUGUACAUUGCACUGACGCACAAGUCCUGCGGGAGCAGUUUGCUGUACUUCACCUACUUGAGCUCGAAGAAAAUAUUUUCAAUUAGGACUGAAUUUUUAAGGACUGGGUGCGCUGAAGGACGUGUCACGGAUGCCGGACUUAAGCCAAAUCGCAUGAUCAUAAUUGGCACCGACAAUGGCUCUGCCAUCUUCUUCCGAUAUGAAGGUGAAACGGAGGUGUACCGCUGGGACUCGAACACAUGCUUCAAGGAGUCAAAUUUCAAAGUAAUCUAUCGAUGUCAAACAUGCCAACUUGCAACCCAUGCCUUGGCCGACUAUAAACGUGGUUCGAUGCGAGUCCUGGAAAGUAAUUUCCCGGAUUAUAUGCAAGGAACUGUGGGUUGUGGUGCUGUACAACAAAUUACCACAAUGCGUGGUUGCUGGUAA